CAGAAACAGUGUUCCUCUAGAGUUGAAGGGCUGUGAUUUCUUCUUUAGCUUUGUUUCGUAAAUCUGCUUUUGGCUUCUCGGUGUACACUACGAGGAUUAAUAUUGAGCCUUUUUUACAGUAUAAACGCGGUGUAGAAGAUCUACAUGAGUGUCAAUGGGGCGCCUUUCGAGCGCGUGAUUUGACAGUUUUCUAUAACUACGUUUCGAUUGGCAGGAAUAAAUGAUCACCUCAACAAGACGAGUCUCUGCAGAUAAUCCUGAAGUACAAAUCUCAUUCAGCCUCAAAGAAACCCCAGAGUUGAAAGAUGCAGAAGAUCCCCUUCCAUCUUUCCCUGACCUUGAGCAACGUCUGCAGCCAGUCCUGCCAUGUCAGUCACUUAAGGAGUCUGUAGAUGUAUAUAAAGACCACUGCAAGAUGGCCAAUGAGUUUAACCAGGUCAAACAUGAGAUCGCCUGGGUGGAAGAUAGAAAGAAAGAACUCAUCGCAGAGUUGUUAGAAGAUGAAAAGGUGUCGAUGGAGUUUGCACGACUGGAGGAGGAAUACAGGAUACUUACGGAAGAGAAUCGGAAUCUGAUCACGGCUCACAGCGAGCGCGCCAAACAGCUCGAGACUCUUCGAGUCCUCAGUUAGAAGAGGCAGGGCUCCUCGUGACCUCAAUAGGUCACUUACAAACAUUUAAGUGUUCUUUCCAUGUUUAUAUAAUAAUGUACUGAUGGGGAAAACUGAUCCCGAAUCAGCGUCUGGAGACACUUAAUUCAUGUAUGUAAUACAUGCUGGUCACUAAAACGGGUCCUUUACGAGACCGAUGAUUUUGACGUUGUGGCCCAGGCUUGUGUUAUAUUUUAAUUGGUUGACCUGAAGGGUCACAUUAUUCAUGUCUGGCACAGUUUUCAGAAUACUGUAUACUACGUUUACCUCUGUUUGUGUUAAAAAGGCGUGUGUUGUUGACAAAUGUGCUUCACUGCCUAUUGUACAAAAAUCGUGUCAGUGUUUCAUCAUUCAAAAUGCUGUGCUGUGAAAGAGCAAAUGUUGCUCUUAAAACGUUUACUGUUGCAUAAAUAGGAUACCGUUUCUGUUAAACUCGUCAAGUUCA